AUGUUUGAUUCAUGCACCACUUUGUUUCAAUGUGGCGAAGAGAGAUUUCAUCCAACUGAAAAUGUUGCUAAACAGUAUACGGUGUCUUUGAGUAAACUUAGAAACGAAAAGGAACAGAUGCGGAAAGAUUUGGAAAGCAAGAUAAGUGCGUCUAAAAAAGUUACAACAUCUAUUCACAAUAGAAUUGAGAACGAGCUUUUGCAGGAAAAUAAUGAGGCUUACUAUGAAAGUGGUUUCAAGAAUUGGACAUUAGUAAGAAAACACGUUUACGCUUUGCAAUGCUACAGCCAAAAAUACCUUAACGGCAAAAUUCCUCCGAAGCACGAACUACUCGAAACCCUAGAAGAAGCCCUUGAGGAAUUUUCACCAGUCGAGCGAAUGAAGUCGUUAGUACAUCAAGCUAAACCUCGUAAAAAGCGCGAGUUUGCUAGUAAGAGUCUUUUAGAAGGAUAUGGCGUAGAGUUCCCAGUCGGGCCAAGGCCAAAAGACAGUAUAUCGCGCUCAGCCUGCAAUGAUUCGAACUAUUCGAGAGACUAUUCUCGUUUAAUUCCUGAAAAUGAAGCCGAAGAAGAAGCACAACUCGGCUUAUGUAUUAGAGAAAGUUUACGUGAAAGUACCACCAUGCCAACGGCCACUGCCACUAGUACUGCUGGUGCCCCUAAACGAAUGUACUGA